AUGUACUUUGAUGCAAUGACAAUAGGAAACUUCGCAAAUUACGUGGAAAGUUUACACCCUGAUCUCAUUGUCCUCGAUGGAUAUCCAAAUGUGGAUGAGAGAGUUGCGCUGUCGUACAAACUGAAAAUUCCCUUUGCUGUUCUUACCACCUUGUACGAUCCUGUUACAUUGAAGGUGCCAAUCAACCCAGUUGCCCAAGCUUACAACUCUGCAUACUUUCGUUCUAAAGCCAGUUUGUUGGAGACAAUGCUGGCUGUAACUAGCAUUAUAGCGCCUAUGUUUCUUCAUAGAUUUAAUGACAAGGGGUAUAUGAAGCAAAUGUUUCCUAAUGAUCCUAAUGUUCCUGCUGCCAACGAACUUAUGAGUCAGGCUGAAGUUUAUAUUAUUCAAUCUGAUCCAAUCAAUGACUACCCAAUACCAGCUGUUCCUAAUAUGAAAAUGAUCGGUGGUGUUUCUGUCAGUCCAUCCAAGCCGUUACAGGAACCUUUCAAAUCAUUCGUGGAGAAGUCUGAGAAAGCUGGAGUUGGUGUGGCUGUGUUAUCGUUUGGUAGCCUCGUUAUGAACCUGCCCAAAAUAGCGGAAAGAAAGAUUAUUUCAGCGCUAAGUCGUCUUUCAGUAAACACAAUUUGGAGAGCCAAUAUCACAUCUCCAGACCCAGACAAGAUUCUGACGUCUACCUGGUUACCUGUGAACGAUCUUCUAGGACACAAAAACGUCAAAGUGUUUAUAUCUCACUCAGGAGCUAACAGUCUUUACGAGGCUCUCUAUCAUGCAGUUCCCACCGUCUGUGUGCCUCUGUUCUAUGAUCAGUACGUUAAUGCAGAACGAGCGGAGGAUAAAGGUUUCUGUGUCAACCUGGAUAUAGUCAAGGUUACGGCAGACGAGCUGUUUACAGCAAUAGAACACGUUGUGUCUAGCAAAGAAAUAAAGUCCACAGUUAGCAAGGCAUCAGAAAUAUACCGGGAAUUAUACAAGAACCCCAGACAAGACGCAGCUUUUUGGUUGGACCACGUAUUGCGCUAUGGCGGAGAAUAUAUGAGAUACAGCGGACAGAAAUUACCUAUGAUACUCUUCAUUAUGGACUACAUACUGGUCUUCAUGGUCGGCUUAACGACCGGUCUGGGAGUUUUACUGUUAGGUUAUAUCAGUAAACUGAUAUUCUCUGCCUACUUUAGACGAGAAGUGCACUUGAAAUCUGAUUAG